AGUGUGUGAGGGAAAAGUCAACACCCAGCCUCACCCCGAGGGCCCUGCAGACUCCGACCCGCCCACAAGGCAGCGCGGACUUGUGUGAAGGAAAACAGUGGGUGCAGGGCGUGCGAGGAGGGGCCGGCCGGCGCUGCCCCCGUCCCCAACGCGUGUGUGUGCGGGAGUAGCGGGUUGCGGGCGGGCGCUUGUGUGGUUCGGCAGAGGGCUGUACCCCGCGGAGGCUACGGGGUCGGGGAGGGAGGUGCCACCGUGAGCCGUGUUCUAGGUUCCUGCUGCCUCCUGCUCCUUUCCUCUCGCAAUCAAGUGGUCGGCCCUAGACAGACGGUCGCCAGAGGGAGGUAAUGGAGCCUUUGCAGGAAAGCUUCCCAGCGGGAAGGCCAGGCGCUGAUCCGGAGAUGGGAAUUUUAGAGCCUUCAGCUUCUCCAAGAAAAGCUCCCGAGAAGACUGGAUGGGAAAUCCCCAGAGUGGCAUUCCCUCCCGAGAGGGUUCCCCGGUGGGGACCUCUGUGAGGGCCUUUCACAGUUUUUUAAAAAUUUCACCAGACAUACAUGGGUUUGCAGUUUGAGGGAGCAGUGACAUUCUGGGAUGUGGCUGUAGCCUUCUCUCAGCAGGAGUGGGAGAGUCUGAAUUCUGCUCAGACACUCGUACGAGAUGUGAUGUUGGAGAACAAGAGUAACUUGGUCUCACUGGCUGGACAUUUCCUUUAUAAACUACAUGCGAUUACUUUAUUGAAACACUAGAAAGAGCCGUGGAUGAUAGUGAGGAAAGAUCAAAGAAGACCAUACACAGAUGUUCAGCUGAAGGAGGAUACAGUCAGCUCUAAAGAAAUGAUCACCAUUGAGAAGUGUCCAUCUUUUGCUCUGCAUCAGAGAAUGCUUAAUAGAGAGCACUCAUGUUAAUGUCAGGAAUGUGGGAAGACUUUUUGUCAAGGCUCAAACUCUGUUCAACAUGAGAGAACACAUUCUAGUGAAAAACCCUGCAAACGUAAAGAAUGCAGGAAGAACUUUAGUAAUGGACAUCAACUCAUCAUACAUCAGAGAUUUCAUAUCGGUGAGAAACCUUAUAAAUAUAGUGGGAAGGCUUUUAUUAGAGGCUUAGCCUUUAUUAAACAUGGGAGAAUUCAUAGUGGUGAGAAACCAUAUGAAUGUAAGAUAUGUGGGAAGACCUUUGGUAGUAGCUGUCAAUUUACUAUACAUCAGAGUACUCAUAGUGGUGAGAAACCCUAUGCAUGUAAGGAAUGUGGGAAAGCUUUUAUAGUGUGUGGAAAGCUUCAUCAGCAUCAGAAUCUUCAUACUGGAGAAAAACCUUUUGUAUGUAAAGAAUGUGGGAAGGCCUUUAGUACCUUCUCAUACCUUGUUCAACAUGAGCGAAUUCACACUGGUGAAAAACCCUAUAAAUGGAAAGAAUGUGGGAAGGCCUUCAGUAGUAACUCACCCCUGGUUAGACAUCAGAGGAGUCAUACUGGUGAGAAACCCUAUGAAUGCAAGGAAUGUAGGAAGGCCUUUAUUGUGUAUCGACAACUUACUCGACAUCAGAGGAUUCAUACCGAUAAGAAACCUUUUGAAUGUAAGGAAUGUGGGAGACUUAGACUUAGUUCAUUUCUUAAUGUACAUCAGAGAAUUCAUGCAGGGGUAAAGCCUUACGAAUGCGAGAAAUGUGGGAAGACCUUUAGUCAUGCCUCAUACCUUGUUCAUCAUGAAAGACUUCAUAUAGGUGAGAAACCCUCUGAGUGUAAGGAGUGUGGCAAGGCCUUUAGUUCAGGCUCGUACCUUGAACACCAGAGGAUUCAUACUGGUGAGAAACACUUUGAGUGUAAGGAAUGUGGAAGGGCUAUUAUUAGUUGCCAUCAACUUACUGUACCUCAAAGGGUUCAUAGUGGGAAGUCCUAUGAAUGUAAGGAAUGUGGGAUGGCCUUUAGAGUACAUGUACAUCUCACACAACAGAACAGAACAAACAACAUUGACAUGAAACCCUAUAAAUGUGAGGAAUGUGGAAAAACUUUCAAUUGUGCCUCAUACCUUGUACAACGUGGAAGAAUUCAUACUGGUGAGAAACCCUAUGAGUGUAAGGAGUGUGGUAAGGCCUUUAGUUCUGGCUCUUUAGUUCAGCAUCAGAGGAUUCAUACUGGUGAGAAACCUUAUGAAUGUAAGGAAUGUGGAAAGGCCUUUCCAAUGUAAGGACAACUUAUUGGACAUCAGAGUGUUCAUACUGGUGGGAAACCCUUUGAAUGUAAGGAAUGUGGCAAGAUCUUUAGACUUAAUUCGUUCCUUAGUGAACAUCAGAAGAUACACACCAGUGAGAAACCCUUUAAACGUAAAAGAUGUGGGAAGACCUUUAGAUAGUCAGCCCUUAAAGUACAUCAGAGAAAUCAUAUGUAUGUAAAACCCUAA